AUGUUUUUCGCCACUGUAUCUAUCCCAACAGUCCUUACUGCCACUCAAGACCACAGACCCUAUCCUUCCGCCAGACGCGAGCAGCAACUUCCUCAACGCAACUUUGCUUGGCAAGUGAAUUUGAUGCAACGCAUGUUUGGCGUAACACAGCAAGAAGACCUGAUAGCGACUCGUCGUGUCGUCGCAGAACCCAGGCCACUUCGAAGACAAGUCGAACCCGUGUAUCGAAUUUCUCUUCGAAAGAGGUUUACCGAUACCCUCAACAGCCCCUUUCACUAUGAAAUGAGCGAGGCUGCUCGUGUGGUCUUGUAA